CACGCAAUUGUCUCGUCGCUCUUCCGUAUCUUCCGCAUCUCUCUCGACCUUGUAAUAAUAAUCGCGUAAUAAUACCGUUCACGUUAAUACCGCGGUAAGUACCUGUGCCUGACUUCGGGCCGUUCGCCGCCGCCGCUGCCGCCGCGGCCGGAGUACAAGCGUGAAGGUGUCCACGAUCGAGCGUGUUUGUGCCUCGACUUGUCUGUGUGCCUCGCGCGCGCGACUCCCCUGUGCGACGAUCCACCACCCGACUUUUUGCCGCCUUAUCAGAAGAAUUUAGAAGAAUCGACCGAAGAAGAGACGACGCAGUCGUCUCUCUCUCUCUCUCGCGCGCGUCAGUUUACGCGCUCGCGAAUCGAAAUCACGUGAUAUUCGCGCCGCUGAAAAUCGGGCGCGCGCGCGCGUAACCGAAUUCGGAGUCGGAAGUCCGCUUACUCCGCUCGCCCCCUCGCGCCUCGCGCGGCGUGAUCUGUGCGAUCUCGAAUCUCGACACCGUCGGCGUCGCCUUCUACGGAUCUCCCGAUUCGCGUCGCGUCGUCGCGUCGCGCCGGCAAAUCGAUCCGCAAUCGGCGCGCAACCCGAAGGUGUCCCCCGUUUCCAUCCGUUGGAAUUUCUCGUGCCUCGUCGCCGCCGUCGUCGUUGUCAUCGUAUCCCGACGGAGACGAGAAUCGUCCUGGAAGCGACUAUGGAGGCUGGAGCCUGCAGCGACGCGCCGCGUUCGACCAAGCCGAAAGCCGCGCGGACCGAGGUCCCCGCCGUCAUUGUCCCUGCGAGAUACGAAACGGUAACCUCCGGGAAGCCGUCAGCCAGACCCGCCGAUCUCGUCCAAGUGUCGCUGAUGCAGUGUGGCUCUCUGGAGAUCGACGAGGAACGCCAGCGUCGGGUCGCUAUGAUGGAGUCGCUCUGCCAGGUAAACGGCAGCAAAACCAACGGCAUCAGCAAUGGAGAUGUUAGCAACGAGACCAACAAUAACAACACGAACAAUAAUAACAAUACCCACAACAAUAACAAUAAUAACAAUAACAACAACAACAACAACAGCAACGCCACCGAUUGCCCAGAUCCUCAGCAGAGGUUGGCGGUGCUGAGUUUCGAGCAGGUCCGCCGCCUCAACGAUGUGAUGAACGAAGUCGUCAGCAUUCACGGCCGAGGGAACUUCCCCACCUUGGAGGUCCGACUGAGGGAUCUCGUGACGGUGGUGCGCAGCAAGCUAGAGACCGAUCCGAGCAACGGGGGCGCCGGCAUGAGGGUACGUGACAUUCGGCUGAACGGCGGCGCCGCUUCCCACGUGCUGGCCACCGAGUCCCAGCCCUAUAACGACCUGGACCUUAUCUUCGCGGUCGAACUGUCCAGCGGCCGUAACUACGACAAGGUCAAGGCCGCGGUGCUCGGGUCCCUGUUCGACUUGCUGCCGGAAGGUGUGAGCCGCAAACGCAUCACUACCUGCAGUCUGAAGGAGGCCUACGUGAGCAAAAUGGUGAAGGUGAACAACGACGGCGACCGAUGGUCCCUGAUCUCCCUCGGCAACUCCCGGGGCCAUCGAAAUGUCGAGCUCAAAUUCGUUGAUUCGAUGAGACGGCAAUUCGAGUUCUCCGUCGACUCCUUCCAAAUCGUUCUCGAUUCCCUGCUGCUGUUCUACGAGUGCAGCAAGCUGCCGAUCGCUGAGAACUUCUACCCGACCGUGGUGGGCGAGUCCGUCUACGGUGAUUUCCAGGAGGCGCUCUACCAUCUGCACAAGAAGCUCAUCUCGACGAGGCAUCCCGAGGAGAUACGCGGCGGCGGUCUGCUCAAAUACUGCAACCUAUUGGUGAAAAUGUACAAACCGUCUCAACCAGAUUACAUCAAGACUCUCGAACGAUACAUGUGUUCGAGAUUCUUCAUCGAUUUCCCGGACAUAGGACAGCAGCGCUCCAAACUUGAGAACUACCUGUGGAACCAUUUCGUCGGGCCCGAGGAGGAGGCCCUCAAGUAUCAGUACCUGAUGCUGCUGCACAGCGUCGUUGAAGAGUCGACCGUUUGCCUGAUGGGCCACGAGCGACGGCAGACACUCGCCCUGAUCCAGAACCUUGCCUACCAAGUGCUCUGCCAGGAGCAGCAGCAGCGGCUGACGAGUCAUCAGCAGGCACCGCAAGGUCCGCCUGCCACCUACGUUUACGCCAAUGGCUAUUACUACGCGCCGGUGAUACCCACGACGGCGUGCUACACGUGCACCUGCAACUGGAUGGCGUGCUCCUCGUGAUGCGACGAUAUCGGCGAUAACGUCGUAUCCGUAGACGUCGCCACCGCUACCACCGAUUCCAUCACUAACGCCACCACGAUCGUUGAUUGUUGCUGCUUUAACCGACUCAAUCACGUCGAUUCUUACAAUCAUUGGUACAAUCAGAGAUACGAGUGCGGAUUCUGUUACCUCUGCUCUUACGGCCUCUAUUGCCCUCUGGAAGAUCCCGGGGACUUUUGCUGCGCUUGUGGUCCUUGCGAGGUGCCAAAGAACGCGGAGGGGAACAUCGAUCAUUCCGUGUCCAACGUCAAAGAAUCUAAACUCCUCAGUUGACGUUCGUCGGGGUGAUGCGGGAUGCUUGGAUACAGAAGCGGUAUACGAAAGACGUCAUCUCUUCGGCAUCGAGGAUGAUAGUCGGCAAACGCGGCAACAACAAAAUCGUGGAUCGAAAAGGCGGCGUGCUCGGACGACGAACGUAUGAUAUCGUCGAUGAUGUGAGAAGCGGUGUAGGCAAGUAUGGGGCGCGGAGUAUUCUCAUCGCAAGUCUACGCCAUCGCGAGUGCUGCUCUUUCUAUAUAGGCAUUCGUAAACAUAAACUCGGUGGCAGUCGCUGCAGCGAAGUUAGGACCGAACCACUGGUAUACCGGCUACAGUUGCAGUGUGAAGCAACAAAAAAAAAGACUAUAAAGACUCCAGAAACGAUGUGUUGUGCCUAAAAAUAAAAAUAAAAAAAAGAGAGAUCGGAGAAGACUAGGAAGAUGGAAAAGACGGUUCCUCCGAAUGAGUUAUAACAAAAGGACGGACAUAAAACCGUAAAAAUAAAAGAGCAAGAACGGUCUUAGAUUAAUGGAACGAGCGCCGCUUUUAUUGACUAAACACGAAUUUUUGGAGAACAGAUGUCGGCAUCGUCCCGGAACGAGCGUUUGUCGACGGAACGGACCUCGACGUUGCGUACAGCGAAUUCUGGACGAGGCCAUGUCAGGAAGGAAGCGGAAACGAAGAAGAAACAGUCGAAGGUGGACGCGAGGCGGAAUAUACCACGGCGGAACUUCGUACAAACAGGGAAGACAGGAGAGAGUGGUCGAAUGAACGGACAGCUCGUGCGAGACGCAAUCCCCCCUGUUUCGAUCUUUCGUUUGCUUUCCGUUUCUAUCGCGGAGUCGAUCGCGUGCCGGACAACAGGGGGCGAGAGACAGAAAGCGAAGGAAGGAAUGGAAAGGGGUAUUUUUGGUGAGGGAGGAAACACGUUGAGGGAUACGAAAAGAUAUAUACAUAUAUAUAUAAAUAUAAAUAUAUUUAAAUAUAUACAGAUAUAUGUAUAAAUUUAUGUAUAAAUAAUUAAUGUGUGGCUGUGAACACAUUUCAUUUAGAUACUGUGUAUAACGUGAUAAGAUUUAACUCGGGAAGAUGAUGUUAGCGGGGUAGCACGGCCGGCACGCCGGAAAGGGAACAAGCACGGGCAGUGCGCGCGAAUCGAGAGGGAAACGCUUCCGAGCCGCGUUUCUUUCUUUCAUUUCUGCGAGCGAGCGUAAAUACGAUACAAAUAUAUAUAUACACACACACAUACACACAGACGCGUGUAUUCACAUAUCCACGUACACCGGACGUGUCCGACCGACCGUGCUUUUCUUGGGCGAUAAAUACUACAUGAGUGGCCGAAGCGGCACACAGCGCUAAAAAGGAAAUUGUGGCUGCAAUCGCAUUUUAAUGGGGGAUGAUUAGACCUCUCUCUCCCUACGAGAGCAAAAUAUAUGAACCCCGCGUGACGAGAAGGAAAACCGUGCAGCGUAAUUCGAGUCACGGCGAGAUAUGUCGAGGAUGAGCGAGGAGUAUUUGAAAACCGUUUUUCGUAAUGUUUGUCGUAAUAUGUUGUAUUAUGUCAGAACACGUCGAUACGUUUCUCAUUCUAGUAUAACGCUGUCAUCCAGUGCCAUUGUCUCGACAAUCGCAUAUCGCGCCGUAACUCGCCCGAAAUCCGCGUCACAUUCCCGCGCGUGCGCGCGCGCGCCGAGCGAAGACUUUGGUCCACUCCCAUCGGAAAACCACCGCAUCUAUCACGUUAUUUUUUUUUCCUCUUUAUUUACUCACGUAUUAUCUAUCGUUAAAAGAAACUACGGUUGUCGGCGCGACGUCCCGCGCGCGGAGAAAUUAAUCACGGGUCCUCUGAACAUUCGUUUUGGAAGGUGGCACAUUUCUGCAGCCUGAAACUCGCGGCGCGCACACACGUUCGAAGAAAAGAAAGAAAAGGAUGACGAUUGGAGAUAGGGACACGAGACAGAGACCGAGCGAAAGAAAAAGAGGAUGAGAUAGAAGUGAGAGAACAAGGGAAUGCAAAACUACUUCGUCCUCCGUGUACGUUGAACGGAACGCGAUUCGCGUCGAACAAAGGGGGUAAUAUCACGAAUCACGGCUGAUCGGCACGACGUAACAGACCCGGUCUCUCUUUCUCUCUUUCGUGGCGCGGCAACUGAGCUUGCAUUUUUCUUUAUUAGAUAUCGUAAACAUUCAGUAACAAGCGCGCGCGCGCGCAUGCAUCCGCGUGUGUAUACGCGCGUUAUACAUACGCGGAGGCAGCGGCGGACGUGGCACUCGGGGUCUCGCGUGCGCGUAAGUGGACACAUGUAUACACGCAAGUUGUACAUGUGCACGUGCAAAAUAUGUGCGUACUUUUACGUACGCUUCUCUAUCUUCUCCUCUUUUCCUUAUGUCUUUCUCCGUGUAGAUCCGCGCGCGUACGUGUCCGUCUCUGCGUGUGCGCGUGUAUACGGGUGCGUGCGUGCGUGCGUGUGUGUACGUAUGUGUGUCUCCGUCUCCGUUUACGUGCGUAUCCGUAUCGACUGGUGACCCCAUUAGUUAGCUCGCUCGCUAACAGGCCUCGUUUGCCUCGCUCGCUCGCUCACUCUUACUUUCAGUUCGCGAGCGAAAGUAAAGGCCUAAUAAAAAGCCCGCAAACUGGUUUUUCAGGUAUAUCGCGUGUUAAUGCUAAGGAGAUCCAGCCGCCGGCGCGGCCGGAGUGCCUCUAUUGCCGGCCUAUCGCCUAUCGCUCUACUACCACCGCCUGUUCCACCGUCACGUCCCUUCUCCUUCUUCCCAGACGCCUCUCUCGCGUAUCUCGCGUAUCUCCGUGGCCCGUUCGAUUAUAGAACGAUGAGUUUCCGCAAACGGGGGAACGGCAUCCCCCCCUGGCAUAAACGGGGAGCUUAAAUUAUCCGUCGAUCGGACGUUCGCGAAAUUCGCUAUUGGAUCACACUCGACAUGCCGCGUCGUGGCGGAUUUUCAUUUGAUCCAAUUCUAAAUCUUGACGAAAUCCUAUAUGCUAGGGUAUUGUGCAACGUAGGAUAAGAGAGAUUGAUGGAUAUAUAGAAAUGUUAUUGUUAUAUAUAGUCAGAUACUCUGUACAUGUUUGAGGUGUAAUAAAGUAAUUGAAAAGAUGAUGAGAAAUGUAAAUCUAAAUUUCGGUAUGAUUCGUCGAGACCUGUUCUUUCGAGUCUUUUUACCGCAUCGCAAUUUCGAUUAACAGAAAACUGAGAAAACACUUAUUAACAUUAACGAUUCGGCGUGUCUCGCUUUGAAAAAAAAAAAAAAAAAAAA